CGUUGGUCGGUCCCGGAGAGGUUGACCCAGUCUGGGCACCGAGGAGGCGGCUCCCGGGCUCCGCGAGACAGGCAGAGAUGCGGCUGUUCCUUCUCAUGGUCCUGCUGCUGGCCUCCACUCCGGGGUCUUGGGCUCGAAACGUGAGGCGCCAGAGUGACACCUGGGGCGCCUGGGGCGAGUGGAGCCCCUGCAGCCGGACCUGUGGAGGAGGCAUCAGCUUCCGGGAGCGCCCCUGCUACUCCCAGAGGAGAGAUGGAGGCACCAGCUGCGUGGGCCCCGCGCGCAGCCACCGCACCUGCCACACGGAGAGCUGCCCAGACGGCGUGCGGGACUUCCGGGCCGAGCAGUGCGCGGAGUUCGACGGCACCGACUUCCAGGGCCGGCGCUACCGGUGGCUGCCCUACUACGCGGCCCCAAACAAGUGUGAACUGAACUGCAUUCCCAAGGGGGAGAAUUUCUACUACAAACACAGGGAGGCCGUGGUGGACGGGACACGCUGCGAGCCUGGCAAACGGGACAUCUGUGUGGACGGCACCUGCCGAGUUGUUGGCUGUGAUCACAAGUUAGACUCGACCAAGCAGGAGGACACAUGUCUGCAGUGUGGGGGUGAUGGCUCUUCCUGCUACCCUGUCACAGGAACCUUUGACGCCAACGAUCUCAGCAGAGGCUACAACCAAAUCUUCAUCAUUCCUGCCGGGGCUACCAGUAUUCGCAUCGAGGAAGCUGCAGCUAGCAGGAAUUUCCUGGCCGUGAAGAGCGUUGGGGGAGAGUACUACCUCAAUGGGCACUGGACCAUUGAGGCAGCCCAGGCUCUGCCGGUGGCCAGCACGGUCCUACAGUAUGAAAGGGGUGUGGAGGGGGACCUGGCCCCUGAGCGGCUCCAGGCACGGGGCCCUACCUCAGAGCCCCUGGUCAUUGAGCUCAUCAGCCAGGAACCCAACCCCGGCGUGCACUAUGAGUACUACCUGCCAUUGAAUGAGCCCGGCCAAGGCUUCAGCUGGAGCCACGGGUCCUGGAGUGACUGCAGCGUCGAGUGUGGUGGAGGUCACCAGACUCGCCUGGUAUUCUGCACUAUUGACAAUGAGGCCUACCCAGACCAUCUGUGCCAACACCAGCCUCGGCCAGCCCACCGACGUUCCUGCAAUCUUCACCCUUGCCCAAAGACCAAGCGGAUCUCUUUCCUGCACCGGCCGGGAGCGUGGCGCCAUUCUGGGGCCCAGCAUGUGUGUGGGAACAGCUGGAAGGCAGGACCGUGGACACCCUGCUCAGUCUCCUGUGGGGGUGGAUUCCAGUCUCGCUCUGUCUAUUGCAUAUCUUCAGAUGGGGCUGGUGGCCAGGAAGCUGCUGAGGAGACCCAGUGUGCUGGUCUACCUGGGAAGCCCCCUACCACACAGGCUUGCAACCUGCAGCGCUGUGCAUCCUGGAGCGUGGAGCCGUGGGGAGAGUGUUCUGUCACCUGUGGAGCUGGCAUCAGGAAGAGGAGUGUCACCUGCCGGGGGGAUCAGGAGUCUCUGGUCCAUGUCACAGCAUGCUCCUUGAAAGACCAGCCAAGCCCCACUGAGCCCUGUGUGCAAGAGGCCUGUCCUGUGCUCCGUGGCCAGGCCUGGCACGUGGGCGCGUGGAGUCUGUGUUCUAAGAGCUGCGGUUUGGGUACUCGGAGGCGACACGUCACCUGCGCCAUUGGGCCACCUGGUCACUGUAGGGACCUGCAGUCAUCCAAGCCCGCUGAGGUGGAGCCCUGCAACAGACAGCCCUGCCAUCUUCAUGAGGUCCCUAGCAUACAGGACUCACGGACCCACCCCUCACAUCCCAGGAUGCCUUUAGGCCCUCAAGUGUCCCCAGUCUCAGAUGCUAAAGACCAGCGGUGGGCUGCCCAGGAGCGACCCAGGGCCCCAAGUAACCCCAGAGAGGGCCAGGAUCCCCACCUGUCGGCUGCAGGCCAGGCCCCCACUCUGCAGCACCCUCCACACCGGCCACCCCUGAGACCUAACUCAGGACCCCGUGACUGCAGACACAGUCCCCAUGGAUGCUGCCCUGAUGGCCACACACCAUCUCUUGGGCCGCAGUGGCAAGGCUGUCCCCUGGCUGGAGCCUUGUGUCUUCAGAGCAGGUACGGAUGCUGCCCUGAUGGGGUGUCUGCAGCUGGGGGGCCCCAGCAGGCUGGCUGUCCCAGGUCUCACGGCAGUGACAGUACCGGGAACAGGCCAGGGUCCAGGGCAGUGGCUUCCAAGGUCCCCAAGAUCCACCAACCCCAGGCCCAUCAGAGCGAACCCAGAGAGUGCCGUGCCUCCCAGUUUGGCUGUUGCUAUGACAAUGUGGCUUCUGCAGCUGGUCCCCUGGGGGAAGGCUGUAGGGGCCAGCCCAGCUACGCCUACCCAGUGAGGUGUCUGCUGCCCAGUGCUCCUGGGUCAUGUGGAGACUGGGCUGCCCGCUGGUACUUUGUGGCAUCAGUGGGCCGGUGUAACCGCUUUUGGUACGGCGGCUGCCACGGUAAUGCCAACAACUUCAGAUCGGAGCAGGAGUGCAUGAACAGCUGCCAGGAGCACCAAGAGCCCCGCCAUCCGGAGGCAGGGGCCUCUGGCCAUCGUGUCCACAUGGACGGUGGCCAACGUGGUCCUGGAGGCCAGCAGGAACCUGAUUGGCACAGGACAAGAGCCACAGUCCCGAGACUGCCCUCACCUGGAAGCCCUUGGCAGAGAGGACAAGAGCCAGGGCCCGGGGAGGCGCCCCACCCCCCAGCCUAUGGAGAACGACCUGGAGAUCAGGAGCUCCAGCCCAGAGUUUCUGGACUGGGUAGAGAUGCGAGACCACCAGUGCCGCCCACACAUAGCUCCUCCCACAGGAUCAGCUUGGCAGGCUCAGAGCCCUCCUUGGUUCAAGCAGCCAUCGGGCAGGCGGUCCAGCUCUUUUGCCCUGGCAACACCUACCCGCAGUUCCAGGCAGGGUGGCAGAAAGAUGGUCAGACCAUCUCCUCCAACAGGUACCAGCUACAGUCAGAUGGCUCCCUCAUCAUCAGCCCCUUGAGGCCAGAGGAUGCCGGUAUCUAUAUCUGUGGCAACCACAGGCCAGGCCAUGACCCCCGGAAAAUCCAGCUUCGAGUCACAGGGGGUGACAUGGCAGUACUGUCUGAGGUCCAGCCAAGACCGUUCCCUCAGACCAGGAACCCAGACCUUGGCCAUGGUCCUCAGGACUCCGGAGCAGGAGCUGGGGGCCAAGGGGCUACCUCUUCCCUACACCCCAGGCCUGCCAGCAGGCUGCGUCUGGACCGGACUCAGCCUGGGGUGGUGGAUGCCAGUCCUGGCCAGCAGAUCCGGCUGACCUGCCGUGCUGAAGUCUUCCCAACCCCCAUCAUUGAGUGGCAAAGAGAUGGGCAACUGGUCUCUUCUCCCAGGCACCAGCCGCAGCCCGAUGGCUCUCUGGUCAUCAGCCGGGUGGCUACAGAAGACAGUGGCUUCUACACCUGUGUUGCUUUUAAUGGGCAGGACCGGGAUCAGUACUGGGUCCAGCUCCGAGUUCUGGGGGAGCUGACAAUCUCAGGCCUGCCUCCUGUUAUGACAGUGCCAGAGGGCGACACGGCCAGACUUCUGUGUGUGGUGGACGGAGAAAGCGUGAACAUCAGGUGGUCCAGGAAUGGACUCCCAGUACAGGCAGAUGGCCACCGUGUACACCAGUCCCCAGACGGCACACUGUUGAUUCACAACUUGCAGCCCAGGGAUGAGGGCUCUUACACAUGCAGUGCCUACCGUGGGAGCCAGGCUGUGAGCCGCAGCACCAAGGUGGAGGUGGCCCUACCAGGAUCAGCUGCUCAGUCCAGGAACCUGGGCAGGGAGUGCAUCGACCAGCCGGAGCUGGCCAACUGUGCCUUGAUCCUGAAGGCCCAGCUCUGUGGCAAUGAGUACUACUCCAGUUUCUGCUGUGCCAGCUGCUCUCGCUUCCAGCCAAACGCUCAGCCUGUCGGGCAGCAGGGAUGAAGGCCAGCUCUGGCGCCAGUUCCGGACAGUUUGCUGGGGAGAAUGGAUGGUAAGACACGGCUUGCAGAGGGAGUCACCUUUCAGAUACCGGCCCUCUCAGAAACCCAGGGCUAAGCCCCAGCAGCUGCCAAUGCCAGCCUCCCCCUUUAGUGCUCAGCAGGGGCUGCCCGAUGUGACCUCAGGCUGCCACGAAGAGGAAUCUGCCCAUACAGAACUGCUACUUUACACCGUCUCUCUAGUUUCUGCUGCGUCGAGGAUCCUUUAUCUGAAAUGUGUGGGACCAAAGUGCUUUAAACUUUUAAAUUUUUGCAGACUUUACUAAUUGAGCAUCCCUAAUCUAAAAUUCUGAAAUGCUCUGAAGCUGGAAACACCCAAGUGCCAGGUCAGCCUUC